AGCCAACAUUCCCACCAUCACCCGAGCCCUCUCUCUUUCCGUUUUCCCGGCCACCGCCCUCCACCCUCAACCCAUUCCAGAGAUCGAAGAGAAAACGGAACCCCCUUCCCUUUCCUCGUCCAUUCCUCGUCUUCUCUCUCUCUCUCUCAUCAUCAUCGCCCCCCCUCCCUAACCCCCUCCAGAUUCAAGAAGCAGCGGGGGCAGCGGCUCCGGCCCUUCGUCCGCGACCCCAACGACCAGGCCUGGGCCUUCAACGCCACCGCUACCAUCCUCAACUCCGGCACCACCAACCUCAAGGCCUGGGAGCUCCUCAUCGGCUUCCGCCACCGCGAGAUCCUCGUCUCCGCCUCCUCGGCCAUCCUCCCCGACGGCUCCUCCUUCCCCCACUCCACCCCCAACGACUCCGCCACCUCCUUCUCCGGCUCCCCCAACCCCGACCUCAAGUACCCCAUCGAGGUCGCCGGCGAUCCCUCCCAGAUCCGCGCCCAGAUCUCCAUCGGCCGCACCUUCUUAGGCUCCCCUCCCCCCGCCGCCCCCCUCCCCUCCUCCCUCUCCCUGGCCGACCCUGCCUUCUCCUGCCCCUCCCCCGCUGCCCCCUCCAACACCUCCCUCGCCACCUGCUGCCUUCCCAACCCCGACUUCACCCCCAACACCACCACCAACUCCUCCGAUGUCGCGGAGGCCCUCCCCUGCCUCCUCGCCCUCGCCGCCGCUUUCAUGAACAGGCCUUCUAGUGGCGGUGGAGUGGCACCAGCGGCCACCCAACCCCAAGAACCCCAUCGUCUUCUUCGACGUCACCAUCGGCACCAUCCCAGCCGGCCGCAUCAAGAUGGAGCUCUGGUCUCUGUCACCUCCUUAAGAGAUAGAGUUCUGCUGCUGCUCUCAGUCCCAGUCUCAUCCUCGCCAUGCCAUUUCCCUGCCGUUGUCAAUCUGGGCGACUCAAAUUCAGAUACAGGUGGUCUCUCAGCCGCCUUCGGGCCGGUCCGCACACCGUACGGUGAGACCUUCUUCAGGAUGCCCGCAGGCAGGUACUCAGAUGGCCGCCUUAUCAUCGACUUCAUUGCUGAGAGCUUUGGACUGCCAUACCUCAGUGCGUACCUUGAUUCAUUGGGCACGAAUUUCCGGCAUGGUGCUAAUUUUGCAUCUGCAGGAGCUACAAUUAUGCCGCAGAACGUAACCCUUUCUCAGGGUGGCUACAGUCCCUUCUCUUUAGAUGUGCAGCUGGAUGAGUUCUUGCAGUUCAAAUCCCGGUCUCAAACGAUCUACGAACGAGGAGGAGUUUACAGGGAAUUGAUGCCCAGAAAGGAGUACUUCUCUCGAGCGCUGUAUACAUUCGACAUCGGUCAGAACGACAUCACUGCCUUCUCUUUCCUUAACAUAUCGGCAAACGAUUACAUCCCGAAUGCUUUGAACGAGUUCUCGUCGGUGAUAAAGAGCAUCUACGAGGAGGGAGGAAGGUCAUUUUGGAUCCACAACACUGGUCCUCUCGGCUGCCUUUCUUAUGUUUUGUUACGAAUGCCCCUCACAGCAGAACAGUUGGACUCUGCCGGCUGUGCCAUUCCUUACAAUCAUUACCUUUCAAGACAGAAAGGUUCUUUUGACAGAGGAAAUCUCUGGGUCUCUGCGUAAGCUGAAGGUACUCACUAGGUUCUCAUUUACAUAUUGAUUCCUUCCAGUUUCAGCUCUUGGCUACAUCUGAAUUUAAAUAUUAUUUGCAACACCUCGGUGGGUCAGUGGGAUUCCAAGCUCUGCUGCUAUCCCAGAAGCAGAAGAGCUCUUGGCUACUCUAAUUUGUAUUGCCUAAUGCAACGUUUGAGGGUCUUUGUUGUGUAAGCAACUCAUCUGUUUUCUUUCAGCAAUACGGUCUUGUUCCUAAUGCAAACUCAUCCGUGCCCAGUUACUUCCAGCCAUAUAUUGUUGCAUCUCAUGGACCUUUCCGGACGGGAUUUGGAGGGGAAAUAGUGAUCUGACUUUGAAUAAUUUUGGGAUUGGAAUCUGGUUGUGAAAGUCAAACAAAAGGAGUUAUUAGUUUUGGAGUUGGCUUCUAUGUACCGUAGAAAGGCAGGAAUUUUAAUGUGUCCAAAUGAUGUUUGAUGUAGACAGGGAUUUUGAUUUUAGACAAAAUACGUAGGUUUGAUGGUUGGAUGAAUCCUGUAAAGGUUUGGCCACCUCCAUUCUUCAUUUACUUGCUUUUUGCAAGCAUUAGCUGAUAUUUUUAUGGCUUUUAUUUGUAUGCAAAUUGAUGUUCAUUGCUGUUUUUUUCAGAUUGAGGCUGCAUCUAAAUAUUCCACCGUUGAUACGCUUAAGCAACAGUUUCGCUUGACUCCUGCGAAGUUUAAGGUUUUUUCCUCUUACCCAUGUUAGUGUACAGCUAGUGGGAGGACCUUUAAUACCAGUUAUCUGGCUACACGUUGCAGUCUACUUCAGUCUUUUUCGGAAUUGCAAGAACAAACUAAACUUUGUAUCUGUGUAUAGUGACACAAGUCUUCACUUGGUUAAUAUAUAGUAGUUACUCUCAGGAUCUGCAAGCUAUAUAAAAGUCAUUGCAUGUAUUUUAUUUUGGUCAAUCAUAAGGGCUGUGUCGAACAGGAGACUUGUCAAAAAUUUAACAGCUUUUAUCUCA